UGGGAGGUGACUACUCCACGCGCGUAUUUCAUAAUAUCAUGGUGACGCGUGGGACUGCUGCUGCUGCUGCUGCUGCUGAGUCGAGGCUGACCCCUUCCUUGUGCUUGGAGUGCUGGAAGAAAUGAAGGACUUUUACAAUUCUUUAAAGCAGAAGUUGAAAUAUUAAACAAGACAUGUCCGCUCACGGAUUGUUGAGCAGUGUUUUCUCAUGCUCGCUGAGCCCCAAAAUCAUUUCUAAGCGGAAACUGAGACAAACCAGGAGUUUGGACCCGGUGUUGAUGCGACAUUAUGGGACAGAAGUUGAGGAGACGCCGUAUAAGGGUGACUUCACCUGGAACAGCGUGUCAGGACGCAGCGUUGGCCUGAAGCCCGUCCCUCUGCAAAGCCUUUCAGAGUUGGAGAGGGUCCGUCUCCAGGAUGUGGCCUUCAGGCGAUUGCUUCGGGACCGCGACCUGGGCUGCCACAUCAGCAUCCCUAAAUACGGCCAUAAGCACAAGAAGUCGCUCAGGAGGAAGUUGGAUUCGUUAUCUAAGGAGAGGAGUAAAGACAAAGAGACUUCGCCCCAGGCAUUUGGCAUACCGCUGUCUCAGGUCAUAUCCAAUGACCGCACACACAAGCAGAGGCACGACCCCCCACGGGAGGAGCACAGCGACCCCACCGAAUUGAUGCUAUCCUUCCUCCAACUCACCUCCAGCUUAAAAAGGGCCAACAAGGAGCUCUCCAGCAGCAACUCAUCCCUCAGCUCCACUUCUGAGACUCCUAAUGAAUCACCUCUGCCCAGCACACCAGACACAGCCCCGCGGACACGCAGGAGGGGUGGAGUAUCUGUGGAUUGCAUCACAGACCUUGAUGAUAACCAGUCUCGCCUGUUGGAGGCCCUCCAGCUCUCUCUGCCAGCAGAGGCGGCCGGCACCAGGAAGAAGCGGCAUGACAAAAAACUCAGCCUCAACCCUAUUUACAGACAGGUGCCCAGGGUCCUGGAUCUCUGCUGCCAGUACCUGGAAAAAUAUGGUCUACAAACUGUUGGAAUUUUCCGCAUUGGGAGUUCCAGGAAGAGAGUACGACAGCUUCGUGAGGAGUUCGAUCAGGGGUGGGAGGUACAGUUGGAUGAGGAGCACAGUGUCCACGAUGUAGCCGCAUUGCUGAAAGAAUUCCUCAGAGACAUGCCCGACCCUCUGCUAACAAGAGACCUCUACACGGCUUUCAUCAACACUAUCUUGCUGGAUAAUUCAGACCAAGAGAGUGCCAUCCAGCUUCUGAUAUUUCUGCUCCCUCCCUGUAACAGUGACACGCUGCAGCGCCUCCUCUGCUUGUUAUCCACAGUGGCUGCACAUGCUAAGGACAGCCUGGACAAUGAAGGACAGGAGAUCACAGGAAACAAGAUGACAUCACUCAACUUAGCAACUAUUUUCGGACCCAACCUCCUACACAAGCUAAAAAACUCUGACAAAGAGUUUGUAGUCCAGAGCUUUGCACGAGCAGAGGAGAGCUCAGCUGUCAUCAGCGUGGUUCAAAAAAUGAUCAGUGCAUAUGAUAGACUGUUUAUGGUGCCUGCUGACCUGCAGAACGAGGUGCUGAUGAGUCUGCUGGAGACGGAUCCAGAUGUUGUAGAUUACUUACUGCGGAGGAUGGCCUCUCAGUACUCAGAGCCAAGCCUUCUGAGAGCACAAGAGUCCUUCUCUCUGACUGACAGGUGCUUAUCCAACGACUCCAUCAAAGCAUCCAGCGGAGAGGUGUCUCCCUAUGACAACAACUCCCCUGUGCUGUCAGACCGGCUGCUUUGUAAACACUUAGAGGACAGCGGUCCACUCACAGACAGACUAUCUGGACAGUUUAAACACAGCAGCUGGUCUAAACACGGAUCAGGCAGCACCUCUCCAACACUUUCUACUGACAAAGAGGCCUCAACUGAGAAUUUCUGGGACACCUGGCAUGAGCUGUUCAGCAGGAGUUUAACCGGCCAUCACGGCACUGGCUCCCUUGGAGACGUGUCGGAAUGUGAGUCGUAUGGAUCAUCCGAGGGGCUGAGCAGUCGCCAGGGUAACAACAAGCCUGCAGGACCAACACAAACCUCAUUGGGCGUACUGGAUAACAGACCACACCUCCCAGUGACUCGCAGCAGCAGUGGGCCUCACGACCAGAGAGGACAGAGACAACAGCAAUCAUCAUUACAUCAGGGUCUGAGCGGCCAAUCAGCAGCCGUCAGCUCCGACAACUUAGCAGAAAGGACAGGACACCCUGCAUGCUUGUCAUUAAAGGUCAGGAAGGAUGGUUUGACUCCUUUUCACUACUCGGGACAGCUGAGGGAGACUCAUAUAUCUCAUUCCACACCCUCUCUUUUCACAUGUAAGCCAGACCUUCAAACGCCACAGCAGUCCCAGCAAAGUCCGACCCCUCAGACAGUCACAGAAAAGAACACUGGUUCACCGAAUGGGCCGCCCGAGCGGUGGCAUAUAUGGCAGAUACUAUCAAAGGAGAGUGCAGACGCCCUGCCGGAAACCUUGGUGUGACACUCAUUGAUUGCAUUUAACCAGAACAAAGAGAGGGGACUCUUCUUGUGACACUUAUUGAAGUUGGUUAUGCAGAAGAAGAGAUUCUGUCUUAUAAACUAAUGCUGACUCUUUCUAUAAACGUCACAUAAAUUAACAUGAUGUGAAAUAUGUCAUUUUUGAAGUGAUAUCUCUCAUGGUUCUUGAAUGACAAAAAAAACAAAGACUUUUGUACUGAUUUAAAUGUCACUUGAAUUAUAUCAAUACUUUAAAGCAAUGAAUGCUUGUUGGAUGCUGAAUGUUAAUACAUAACAGUGAAUGUAUUGUGACAGAAGCUACUUAAUUGAGGUAUAAUAAUAAUAAAUGCUCCACUCAUACUGAGUUGUGCAAAUGCUGUCACCUAUGACAACAAUACAGCACCUGUAUAUUUUUCAGGAGUAUUUGUUUUGAGUAUAUUUAUGAUAUUUAACUGUAGUUAUGUUUUAAUGAGCUGUUUAAACUGUCACAUUUUAAUAUGCCUGGUCACAACAAGGGUGUUUUACAUGUAAGAAUAAUGGUUUAUAAGCAAACAGGGUUGUUCCGUUGUACUAUUAUUUGUACAGUCAAUUUGAUGUACCUUCUAUAUCAAGAGCUGUAAUGUGACAUUAUGAUAAAAGUAAAAUAGUAGUGGGGGUCAGAACAUGUGGUAGCUGGUAUUGUAAGAUAAGUGGAAUACUCUAAAUUUGCUCUACCUCCUUGUUUCAACAGGGUAUAUAAAUAAAAGUGGCCACAGCUAUGGAUGCUAUGGUUGUAUGGAACAAAAUAUGUACUGUAUUUGCCAAUCUACAUUACAGCACAACUAAUGUAUGCAUGUUAAUAAUUAACAAAGAGCAUAAAAGCCAUGAAUGCAUAUGA